UGUCCCAGUGGGAGCAUAACAUCUAGACUUAUGCAGCUUUAGAGCUGGAAGAGACUUUUAAAGACAUCUGAUCCUACUUCUGUCUGAUACACAACUCUCUACCAACUACCCAUGAAGAACCCUUCUGUCACAGGGAGCUAUAUCUUGGGGACCGGGCCCUGUUUUACCUUUGCCCCACCAAUGCUGUGGAACUUCAGCUCCCUACCUCUUGGCAGCCUGGGCCCCUUCAGGUAUGUUGGUGCCAAAAGCUCUCAACAGAUGCUGGGCUGUCAUUUAAAGUGCCAGGCACUCUUCUGAUAGGUGCAAGGAAGUAUUCUACCCUUUUAAUCAGGAAAGGAACUAGGAGGGUACUCUUGACCUGUAAAUUUGGGUGAAGCUGGUGGGUAAUUUAUUCACACUAUCCUGUUUCCUUUUCUCAAAUUGCUGGGUCUCUCGACUUCCUCUUGCCUACCAACAUCUGGCCAUGUGUGUCUCCUUAGAAUGGAUAUCCACUGGUCUCUGAAGCAUUGUUUAAAUAAGUGUUGAGCAGUCAGGAAACAUGUUUUGGACACUGACUUCUGGACAGCACUCUGUACCUGUACCCUUGAAAGUGCAUCCGGUGAAAGCAUCCUCCAGAGUUUGCUGAGUCGAGGUUAGCAUAAGCCAAGUCCAGGGCGCUUGAAUUUAAGGAACAGCCACGGCUUCCUAAGGACCCGUCUCGCCUUGGACAGAGGCAGGCACACGGCGCCACGUUGACGGAGAUAACCCGAAGUCUCACUGUCGGCCCGACCAGGCUGCAGAAAGUGCCAGAGGUGGAGGGAGUCUUCCUUCAGCCACGUGCACCACGAUAAUCACAGGUGGUGUUGAAAGAUCGUGCAGCCCCCGAGCUUCCCGCCUCCCUAAGCUUCCACCACAGGAACUGGGGCAACGGGACUAACUACUCGGCAUCUCGGAGUCAGAAGCACCGUCCGAGUCUCACGCCUCGGCCAUCGCGCCUAGGUCCCCGAAGCUGGAGCACCACCCCCGCUACACAAGGACGCCGCGCGGGACCCCGGGACUUGUAGUCCUAGACGGGGCGCGGGCGCCAGGAUGCAGGCGCCGCGGACUCCAGGUCCCAGCGGGCUGCGCGACGCGGCCUGGGGCGCGGGGCGGGGCUGCCGGCCCUUUAAACCUACAGGGCCGCUCGGAGGGCUGCAGCCGGGACGGCGCCACGCGGGAGCCGAAUAGUAUACAGCGGCGGCGGCGGUGGGGCGCUCCUGGGCGGCCUGGGCAGUUGAUGGUUUUGGCGAAGUAUCUUAAGGUAGCUGGACCGCCCCCUCUUCCCCACAUACCUCUGUUGUCCCCCCACACCACCACCACCCUGGCUCCCCUUCCUCAUGACCGCCUGGAUCCUCCUUCCUGUCAGCCUGUCAGCAUUCUCCAUCACUGGCCUAUGGACUGUGUAUGCCAUGGCCGUGAUGAACCACCACGUGUGCCCCGUGGAGAACUGUCUACACUCUGUCCUGCCCACCAGGUCCUACAACGAUUCCUGCUCUCCUGACCCUGCUGGGCAAGGGGGCUCCAAGACCUGCUGCACCCUGGACGAUGUCCCCCUCAUCAGCAAGUGCGGCACAUAUCCCCCAGAGAGUUGCCUCUUCAGCCUCAUUGGCAAUGUGGGUGCUUUCAUGGCCCUCAGUGUCUGGGGGCGGUGGGAGCUGGCAUGUUCCUGGACUGGGCUGGGCCAGAGGAAGGCACCAGUGCUGGCCCCACCGAUGCUCUCCUCCCCAGUGGCUCUGAUCUGCCUCCUGCUCUACGGGCAGCUCCUGGAGCAGAGUCGUCAUUCCUGGAUUAACACCACAACAUUCAUCACAGGCUGCACCAAUGCUGCAGGCCUUGUGGUGGUCGGAAACUUCCAGGUGGAUCAUGCUAAGUCUCUGCACUACAUCGGAGCUUGUGUGGCCUUACCCGCCGGGCUGCUGUUUGUCUGCCUGUACUGUGUCCUCUCCUACCACAGUGCCACCGCCCCCCAGGACCUGGCUAUGGCCUACUUGCGGAUUGUGCUGGCAGCCAUCGCCUUUGUCACCCUGAUCCUCAGUGGGGUCUUCUUCAUCCAUGAGAGUCCUCAGCUGCAACACGGGGCAGCCCUGUGCGAAUGGGUGUUUGUCAUCGACAUUCUCAUUUUUUUUGGCACCUUCUGCUAUGAGUUUGGGGCAGUCUCCUCAGAGACACUAGUGGCUGCACUGCAACCUACCCCUGGCAGGGCUUGCAAGUCCUCUGGGAGCAGUAGCACCUCUACUCACCUCAACUGUGCCCCUGAGAGCAUUGCCAUGAUCUGAGGUCUGGGAAGGGUGGUUGGCACAGCCUCCACUGCUCCCCACCCUAUGUCUCCUUUGCAUUUAUUUUGUACCAAAAAUUUUUUUGAGAAAAUGUUCUGUUGGGAUAUAGGCUUCCUCACUCCUGGAGCAGGGGCCAUCCCACACCCACCUGUGCCAUAGAGGAACAGGCCCUGGCAGCUGCCUGAGCUGCACAUGCCCUGCUCCCCACUCUGCAGUGUUAUUAAUGUUUAAAGGUCACAUAUCCUCAGUCACCCAGCCAGCCCUUCAGGUGCCUUUUAUUCCCCAGUGCCAAGGCCAGGCCACUGGGGUUUCCUGCUGCAGGAAUUGGGGGCUGGGAACAGCAAGAGGGAUAGAAGCGGGGGGUGAACACUCCUUAGUCUGUGGGAAGGCCCACUUUAGGGCUCACUGAACUGCACUGGGAUUCUUCACUCUGCCUCUUUUGUUCUUUAGGGCAAAUAACACAGCAGAACCACAUGGGUAUUUUAGUACUUUUUUUAUAUAUACAUAUAUGUCUAUUAAAAGAAUUCUAAUUUGCA